CCUCGCGUGCAGGUGACGUGCGCGUGUGAGCAAAAAAAAACAAACAAAGCAUGUCUUCCAAACAGAAAAGAGAAAUCACUCGGGUUGUACUCGUGCUAACACUUCACCUCUACCCGCUGCAGCUCUGUCACUCGGUGAGCUCCGGGCAGCAGCCGGAUGUUUCUCUCUCUCCCCGGGAGUCAGCAGGUGGCAGGUGGGGACAGACUCCUGGAGCGUGGCGCGCGGACGAAAAGACCCAUCACAGCGCAAAUCUGCGCAAAACCAGCCGGUCGGGUCUGCAGGGGCUUCGGUCUGAAUCUGCUGCCUUUCUCGGGGAAACACUCCCACCUUUCAUUUUACAGAAAGUUGAUGAACGUGGAAGAAACGUAACGUCCAACAAGUUGUCCUGGACCGCUGGACACAUCAGCACAGGACCGAAGGCCUCAGCUUUGGACCGUGAAGAAGGAUAUCAAGCUGAUUUCACAGGUUUCCAUGGAGUCCAGGGGAAGGUUUUGGGUCCAUCAUUUGACUCCAGUCCACAUUUCUCUGAGUGGCAGGCGAUGAGGCCUUUUGUGCAGUGUGAUGAGAACGUCAUGACCUUCACUGCUUCAGGACAAGGACUGACACACCUGUUAGUGGACAGAGAGGCAGCGUCUCCCAUCUCUCUGUUCCAGCUGCCUCCAUACUGUGGCUACUCGGUGAGGACGUCAUGGAGUGACCUGGAGAUGAUGGUGCCUUACGAUGCGUGUUACAUUACACAGGAGAAUGACAGUUAUGUGUUGCCCAUGUUGUGGUGGGACACUCCUCUGAAGCUCUCCUGCCCGGUGCAGCCGUCCACUCCUGCCCCUUCUCCCUCCCUCCCAUCAGUCUUCUGCUCCCCGUACGGCAUGGCGGUGCAGAAACAUGGGCAGGAGCAGGAGAUACCGAUGCUGGGAGUCAAAGUGAACGGAGGCUGGCGUCCAUUUGUAUCUGAGGAGUGUGCGUAUCUUGUCCACUCCAGACCUGACGAGCUCACCUUCUUCAUCUCUUACAAAGCCUCUUGUAUCACAAGCGGGGAUGGACUGAGUCUUCAGCUUGUAUUUAAUGAUCAGGAAUACAUCCUCUCCUGUCCAGUCAAUCCUCAGUUUCACUUCAUCACAGAUCCUGUGAGCCCUGCACCCACCGACCAUCCGCCACCCCUUCCUCAACCCCCAACCGAGGAGCAGAUCCCUCAACUUUCACACUACUCCUACUACCCAUACCCUGGUCUACACUACGCCCAGCUGCCCCAGGUCUACCCUCCUGGCCCACAGCCUGCCGAGCCCCCCACGCCCACUCAAGGUAGUCCUCCCGGGCCGCAGCUCCAGACCCUCUACCCCACAGGGCUUGACGUGACGCCUGAAUCUCCUGGAAAGCCCCCUUCCCCUCCUUAUCAGCCUCCUGUGGUGGUACAAGCUACAUAUGCUCCAACUCUUAGCCCAGCGCAGAUUAGCCAAUCCCACCAACUUCCUUUUUUGCCCCUCGGCCCUACUCAGUAUUCAUCUGGUCUGUAUUACCCCCACAUGCCGUUCUACUACCCUGCAGUGACACCAGCUCCGACCUCUGCAGCGACAACAACUACUACUACUACUACUACCACUGUUCCUCCAGGUACCCACCCACCCGGACCUCCAGUAAAUCCUUACUACCCGCACUAUUAUCUUCAGAUACCUUACUAUCCUGCACCCACUGCAGCACCGGCUACUCUCCCGCUCACCUCACCUUCUCCUCCUCCUCCUCCUCCUCCUCCCACCUCUCCACCGAAACAUCCUGUAGAUCCACAACCGCCCUUUCCUCACCCAUAUUAUCCCUAUUAUUAUCCCUUCUACCCACCGUUCUACCAUCCACCGUACCACCCCUUUCUGCCCCAGUAUCCAGAGAUUCAAACACCGACCAUGACAGAGCCUCCCCCCACCACCACCACCACCACCACAACAACUACUGCUACAACUCCAACUCCCACCACCACAAGUACGACGCCGUCCCCCACAACACAGCCUGCUACACAGAUGCCUCAUCUCCAGUGUUUGAUGGGGAGGAUGGCUGUCUUCCUGCCUUUUGCUCACCAAGACUCCAUCCAGGUCAAAGACCAAAGGAAGACGUGGCUGCCUCUCUCCACUGUGUCACCACUGUGUGGGUACAUGCUGCAGAUGGCUGAGAGCUCUGGUGUAAUCCUUCACUCUCCUCUGCCUGCCUGCCACAGCCUGUCACGGACUCCCACAACCAUUUCAUUACCUCUAAUGUUUUGGGAUCUGUCCAUGGCGCAGUAUCGAACUCUGGAGCCACAGUGCCCAUAUGAAAGUACCCCUGUCACCCAUGCACCAGUUACCCCACCUGCAUCCACUACCCCACCCAGCACCACCCCCUCUCCAGUCCAGAAGCCGAAAGUCAGCUGCUCCCCCCAUCACAUGACUAUAAAGCUCCCGUCAGGACCCAUCUCUGGAAUUCUUCUUGAAGACAUGAAAGGGAACCCGAUGAGCCUUCAGGAUGCCCCAGAGCACUGUGGGUAUUCUGCAAGCAAAGGCAAAGAUGGCAAAAUCCAAUUGAGUCUCCAGCUGCAGUCACAGUGCCACAUGAGCGUGCAGGGUAACAUGUACAUAAUCUCUAUCGUCUACAUGACGAUGAAUGGGAGAAAGGAGGCUCAGGUUUCUUGUCCAGUUGUUGCCCCAGGUUCCGGCAAAGAGUGCAGCCUUCCCAGCGAUCAGCGUCUCCCCUGUGGACCCGCGUUUGUGUCCCAGCCACAGUGCCUCUCCAUGGGCUGCUGCUUCAGCAAGCAGUCCGAUGCCUGCUACUACCCCAUGGAUGAGUGUACUAUUGACCACCACUUUGUCUUCUCCGUGCCUGCCUCCAUCACCGAGCCCCCUCUCUCCCCCGCCCAUCUUGUUGCUGGCAGCAACUCCACCUGCAAACCUCAGAGAGUCACUUCUGACUAUGCCUUGUUCAAGAUCCCAAUGGACGGCUGCGGGGCGCGCCGAGUGGUGGUGGGGCAAAUGGUCAUCUACAUGGUGGAGGUCAUUAACAAGGUUCAGGGAAUCAGUGUCAACUACGGCACCAUCACCAGAGAUUCUCCCGUCAGGUUUUUGGUGGAGUGCCGGUUUCAGCCGGGCUCUGUCCUGACUGUGAGCUACCUGGUUAAAACUCCCACGCUCGGCCCUGGAGUUCAGACCCAGGAGAUGUAUGGAGUCCAGCUCAGGAUUGCCAAAGACCCUGAGUACAGCAGCUACUACCCUCAGUAUCACCAGCCCCUGCAGAUGCUGCUGGGGAAACCCCUCUACCUGGAAGUGCGGCUGCUGAACGCCCCGGAUCCCGGUGUGGUGCUGCUGGUGCACUUCUGUGUGGCCUACCCCCGCUCUGGAAAAUCGGUGUGGGUGCUGCUUUACAAUGGAUGUCCCAACCCCUUGGAUCCAGCGCCACACCAGGUGGUGUUGUCUGCUCCUCGACCACCUUCUCCUCGGGGUCAAACCCGCCGCUUCACUAUCAGCACCUUCCAGUUCCUUCCUGAUGGUGAGUUCAAGGACCCGAAUGAAGAGAUCUACUUCAUGUGUUCGACUGAGAUCUGCUCCCCACGUGACGGACCUUGUGUCGAGGGAUGCUUCGGCCAAUGACGUUACGACAUGGAAAGCGCUUGGAGUUGGUUGAGACGAGGAUUAUGAUGAUCAUCCGGCGUCAGACAGCACUCAUUUAACUGCCAAUAAAAAGCUCCUAAAGGAC